GUGGCGUCUUCACGAACUCUGACACUGAUUCUGAUGCUGAUGAUUUCGAAGAUGACUUGCGAAUUGUUCUUUUUUCAGAUCAGGGGAGAUCUGCUAAAAGAAAAAGACCUGUGAAGAAAGAACAAUACAUCUCUAACGAGGAAGCUGCGAGAAUUUGGAAUGAGAAAAAAUCACAUAUCAUCGACGUUAUUAAUUCACAGAAGAAGUUCUUUCCUGCUGACAGCGGUUGGCCUGAAUAUUAUGUUGAAUUGAAGAAAAGUCUUGGACUUGAGUUUUCCUCUCAGGCUGUGUUUUCUGAAACACCUAUUACUUACAAGAAUGCAAUGCUCGCUCCUCCUGUUACAUCCUUCAAUGAUUGCUCUGAUGAAUUGGAUAGUGACAUUUGUUGCGAGGAAGCUGAGAAACUCGAUGCACAAAAAUCCGUUAUCGUUGAUGCUAUCGGUAGAUUGAAGACCCUUGGGACCAUCCCACCUGCCUGCAGUGACUUGCUUGGCCGUUUGGAAGAUAUGUGCUCCAGUCUGGCACGCUACGAAUCUAUUAAAUGUCGGAAGAAACUGUCUGAUUUCAACGACUAUAUUUGUUCAAUUAAGGGGAAGGCAGACGUUGACAGCCGCUGGAUUGAAAUGUUGGAUGAUUUACAGAAGAGUCUUGGGCUGGAGAAUAAUCCUCAGGUUUUCUUAUCUUUCCACAAUCUGUUAGCAACUUAAAAUUUUCAACUCACUGUUAAAAGUUGUAUCAGUAGCAAUG